AACUGGCUUGCUUAUGAUUUGCUACCUGAGGCUUGGAAUUUUACUGAGCAAGGAAGGCUUCAUUUCUCUGGACUUGGUGCACCAAAGAAAGAGAGCAAUUAUGCCUUUUGUCAGGUUGGAAAAUGUGACGUCUAUUAAUGAUGCAUUCAAUUUUUAUUAACUUAACUUACAAACUCAAGCCUUUAAACCAACGUGGUUAACAAUCAAUGUUUGUGUUGUGUAUUUGUCAUUUCUUCAAGUGACACUGUGGCAUCGGCGUAUUGUGCAUUUUUGAAAUAAGAGUUUUAAGUCCAACAAGAGAUACGACCUUCAAUAAUUCGUUUAAAACCUCAUGCGUUGUUCACAAGAGUUGUGAUUUAGAUUUGUUGACCGCUACGUGGUAAGGAGAUGUAUCCACUCUUAGAUAUAUUUUAUAGACCUAGAGUUUGCCUAAUCAGUUCCUUAAUGAACUAGGACAAUAUCACUUUUUUCAAAAGGAUGAAAGCGACAAUACUUCUUUAAACAGUCAGAGGGAAAAUUAUUGUGUUUGGUAAAUCCUGAUUUUUAGGAUUAUAAGUUUGAGAAUCCAUUCUACGAGCCGCCCAAUAUUCUGGCGUCUGCCACCCAUGAAAAUGGCACCAGGGAACUGUCAAUGAAGGCAGAUGGUCGCUAUAGCAACGCUUUGACUGUAUGGAUUGAGGUGAGUAGCCUUGAAGAGACCUAAUAAGUUGAAACUGUUUCAAAUAUUUGCUGAUUAAAAUAGUUGCCUUCGCUAAAGAGUAAAGGACUUAUAACUAAUAAAAGAAGAAGUUCGGAGUGGCACUUAACACUUGACGGCAAAUUCAAGCAAUAACUUGAAUCAUCAAACUGAUUGUCACUUUCCAUACUAAUUUUCACCCGAUGAUUCUUCUUAAGGGAGGCUCCGUGGGUUCAUGGUUUAAAAAAGGUUACAUCUGUACAUUGUAAUUGGUUGAUUACGAUACAUUCUUUUUUUUUUAUUUCUUUCCAUAGUGAUUAUGAUUGAAAACUAUCUUUCUCGGAAUGUGUUGUUAUUUUCAUGUAAUCCGAUUGGUCAACAUUGUCUAGGUAGCCUCAGUUAUAGUGGCCGCGCACUGUAACAGACUGUAACAGACACUGCAGCGUCCAUUAUAUCACCGUGGAAACUGUACGUCCGAUUAAACCAAAGUUGCGUUUGUCCUUAUUGCCCUCACUGGAUCCCCCUUGUCUGAAAGCUAACAAGUCAAUACAAACUUUUCAUUUAUUGAUAUAUUUGAUGUUAUUUUCCAGGACAUCACUCGUUUGUCUUUCAAAGUGUGCAUCAAAGACAGUCAGGGAAUGAGCAAGUUUCACGAUCCAGUAACAGUGGACUAUGCUAUAGUGGGAGGUACAUUACUCUUAUAUUUGCUUAUUCUUUAAUUUCAAAUAUUUGUCUCUCAUACAGGUUCGUCCUACUAUCAAGGAAUUUGGAUCUUGGCUCAGACGUCGAAUUGAAGUAAUAAAUUCGAAUAAGAACAAAGUCAGGCAAUUGGCACUGUAAAAAACUAUGAUCAAAUAGCGAAGAAAGAAGUUAUAAAAAAUGGCGUCUAGAUAUUGAGGACAGCAUAGUACUGAUCGUCUUACUAUCUGGGUGAAUAACUGCAGCAGUGUAUCUCUUUUUCAAGCGUUUUUGCAGAAAAAGUAACUUCCCCUUUCCUAUCCUUUUUUGCCAUAAAUUUUCUGCACGGGAAAAACAAAGCAAAAUUUAAAAAUAUCAAAAAGCAGUUGCGCUCUCAAAGGAUGUAGGACGUCAGAUCAAUUUGCUAUUCAUACAAGUGCUGAUUUUGUUGUUGUUUUUUCGUCCUAAAGAUAUAGACCCGUGCACAAACGUUACUUGCGAUUACCAUGCCAUCUGCAGAGCUUUCUCUGCAUUUGAUGCCCGUUGUGUUUGUGAUGACAACUGCCCGUCGUACGAGGAGCCGGUGUGUUCAUCCAACUCGACAACCUUUAAGAACAAGUGCUUUUGUCUGCUGGACAUUUGCAGGCGCAAGAGUAACCACACUCUCUAUCAUCCUGGCAGUUGUACAGGUAAGAGAGCGGAUUAUAAUGAUUUUUAAAACCACCUUAACCAGCAUAUGCAGAGCUCUAGUGUUAUCAGAUAUGGUGCCGCUGAUGACUUAAGACAACACUCAAUUUGGCGGCCAUCUUGGGCGCCAUCUUGGAAUUUACUGACAAUGCUCUUUUAAGAACAUGGCAUUUUUCAUACUGGAGGUAUAAAAUAAUUUUUCAUGAUUAAACAUUAUUUUGCUUAUUCUGGUACUGCUUUGAACGCAAUUAAGUACCAAUCAUAUAGUGCCACUAUAUGAUCGUGUGAUUGUACAAUCAGCUUUUAAUUUAAUUCCUCGCAAAUAGUUUUUUCUAUGUUAUAUCUUCUUCUUCUUGUUGUUCCUCUACAGGUUUUCCUGUUCAGACUGGGCGAGUUUCACUGAGGAGACAUGUACAGUGGGCAGAGACGGCCUGUGAAGUAGUGAAAUUUCUACCGUUUUCAUUCUAUCCGGACAAAGAAGUGCACGUACAGAUAACGACCAAUCACUGGAACAUAAGCGAGAAAAAUUUUGUACAUGAUGCUACUGUGUCCUGGGUGGAAACUGUUAACUUCGAGAAUUUUGAGGUGAAUAUUUUAAAAGGAAGUUUUCAAUUCAAGUAUUACUUCAAGUAGUAAUUAGUGAGCCUCUGUUCAUUUGUCUCCAAGAACUCUUGUUUACCUGUCAUAUUUCUGGCCAGUAAAAUACUAUUUGAACAUAUUUUAUUUUCACAACGAGUUACUAGGGGAGACUUCGCCUCUUGCGCGCGCAGAGGAACACUAUGGGUAAAAAAAUUUGGUUAUCUAUGCAUCCAAGAAAUUUUGGUUACUAACAAAAUCGUGCGUACGUACGUAGGACGGCGUCUUCAUGUUAACGGAUGUGAAAUGUCUUACUAGCUGUAAGUCCAAAACAUAUACAAAUUGUGUUUAACUCGAUUUUGGACAACCAUGUUAUAAUCAAUUGACAGCUGUCAAAGUAGGGCAUCCGCAGAGCAGUGUCACAUGACUUGCGGCGGGCUCAGGUGUGCAACUUAUUGAGAUGACGGGUUUUUUAAAAGUUCUCCGCUGACCAGUAACAGAAUUCAAGAGAUCGCAGGCUUAGAAAACUUUAGUGCAGGAAGUAAGUUACCACGAGAGCUUCGCUUUUGGCCUUGGCUAAAUCUAUAUAUUAUCUUACCAUAUAAAAUGAACAUUAGCCAUUACAUUUUAUCUUUAGGUGUGCGUGACUGCAGCAGGAAGAAAUGAUCGCUUUGUCAAAGAAUUUGCCACGGUGGACUGGAUGGCCUACCAAGGUUCUCCUGAUGGAGGUGUGGCGGGUAAAAUGCGCAUUCCAGAAUGGUGGACUGGAUCACAGUGCUCAAAAGUCAGCCUUCCUCAGGCAAUACCACUUUAUUGUUACCUCUCAGCUGCAUCUUGA